AUGGAUAUCGCCCUCGAAAUCUGGGACACCUUCAUUGGCGACCGCUUGUACGCCGAGCUUCUUCCAACUUCGUUGUCAUCAUCGGUCACCAAUGCUCCCAAUAGCACACUGUCGCUCUUCGGAGCAUCUCAACCCUUCGCUUACGAACCCGCCACCAAGAUGAUCUAUUUAGAACCAUCCAAGUAUGCACACAUGAGCGCUUGGCCGAGAAACAAUAUCUAUCGUCAGUUCUUGAGUUUUUUUCUGAUUGUGUGGAUUUUUGGCUUUAUCACGUACUUCGUUUCCGCAACGCUUUCGUACAUAUUCAUCUGGGACAAGACAACCGUCAGACAUCCCAAAUUCCUGAAGAAUCAGAUUCCUAUGGAAAUCGCUCAGACUAUGAAGUCGAUGCCUAUUAUGUCCUUACUAACAGCCCCCUUUUUGGUCGCGGAAGUCCGUGGGUAUGCCAUGCUUUACGAUGGAUUCUCUGACGAACCGUUCCCCUAUUACAGCAUAUUGCAGUUCCCGCUGUUCAUCGCAUUCACUGAUCUUUGCAUUUACUGGAUCCAUCGCGGACUACACCAUCCAUUAAUCUACAAGACUCUGCACAAGCCUCACCACAAAUGGAUUAUGCCGAGCCCGUAUGCGUCGCACGCUUUCCACCCGCUGGAUGGGUGGGCACAGAGCGUUCCAUACCACGUCUUCCCUUUCAUUUUUCCUCUUCAGAAGUUUGCCUACGUCAUUCUUUUCGGUUUCAUAAAUCUCUGGACCGUGUUGAUCCAUGAUGGAGAAUACGUCUCAAACAGCCCGGUGAUAAAUGGAGCUGCCUGCCAUACCAUGCACCACCUUUACUUCAAUUACAAUUAUGGACAGUUUACAACACUUUGGGAUCGUCUUGGAGGUAGCUACCGACAGCCAAACGAGGAACUUUUCCGGCGCGAGACGAAGAUGGACGAAAAGGAGUGGAAGAAACAGACCAAAGAGAUGGAAACCAUUCUUAAGGAUGUGGAAGGCGAUGAUGACCGCAAUUAUUUGGCAGAAGAAGAAACCAAAAAGGAUCUGUGA